AUGAGGCUUUUAGUAGGGCUACUAGCACUUGCGUAUGCCGGAUUGAUGCAAAAACAGGAAGAUGCUGUAGUUACAGAUGGCUCAUCAACACCGACUAUUCAGAGCUGGGUGAAGCGUUUCAUUAUCCUGCGGUUUAUUCGUAGAAAGCUUCAACAUGCUUCCAACGAUACUGAAUUUUCUUUGAAUUCAACAACUCUCUUCAUUCAUCCUGAGUACGACGACGACUCCGAUGGUGACGACAGCAACAUGGACAUUUGCUUGAUAAGAUUCGAUGAGAGUCUUGUGACUGAUCGAACUGGAACGGCACCAGUUUGUCUGUCCACAGCAUAUCCAGAUCAUGGAAAAGCUUGCUGGGUCGCUGGAUGGGGAGAUACAAAGGAGGAUGGAUACGGAUCGGAUCUUCUCCAGAGCGUUGGUGUCAACAUUUUAGGUCAGGAGUACUGUUUGAAAAACACAAAAUACAACUCUCUUCUUCCGGAUGAUAUUUGCGCCGGAUUGCCCGAUUUAGACGGUAACGGACUGACAGAUGCUGGAACCGACUCCUGCCAGGGGGAUUCCGGAGGACCACUUGUUUGCGAUGUUGAUGGCGCUGCUACUCUUGUCGGUGUUGUUUCUCGAGGUGAAGGUUGUGCAAGAGAAGGAUAUCCUGGCAUUUACACUGCUAUACAUACUGACAACUGGAUUGCACAAACAAUCGCAGAAGCUGAUUUUAAUAGCACAAUUGGCUACCCGGUUAAUGAAUUAUAA